AUGGAACGUUCCAACAAGGUCGCUAACCUCCCUCUUCCAGAAGAAGAUGAUGAAAUCAUAGAUCUACCCCAUGUAGAUAACUCCCAGCUUAUUGCUCGGUUCAGCUGGAGUCUGGUGGGGCCUAUGUUCAACCAUGAGAUCCGCAGCACUGAAGCCAUCAUCGCCUUUAUGCCGCGACCAAACAUCUGGGAUGUGGAGGGUCGUGUGCACGGUAUUGACCUCGGUAACUCCAGAUUCCAAUUUGACUUUGACUCGGAGGUUGAUCUGCAAAAGGUUUUAAACAAAAGGCCUUGUCAUUUCAAUAAAUGGUCCUUCUCUCUGGAAAGAUGGAUACCUCAUGUAGGUGAUUCAUUUCCAAGUAACAUGGUCUUCUGGAUUAGAGUCUCUGGGAUUCCAACCCACUUCUGGCUGGAAGACAACUUCAGAACCAUUGGAAGCAGUCUCGGUGAUGUCAAUGCUGUCGAUGAACAUGCUGCAAGAGUUCGGGUCUCUGUUAACGCAGAUGCUCCUUUAAAAUUCACUACCCGAGCUCGUCUUCAAUCUGGGGAGGUGGUGAAAGUCGAUCUAAAGUAUGAAAAACCUGAACGAUGGUGCUUGACCUGUAGACACAUAUCUCACGAUGAGAAAACUUGCCCUUACCUAUCUGAGGAUCAAAGGAGAGAAAAGAGGUUGGAGAGAGAAGCAGAGAGGAACUCUGCUCAAGCUGCCCGUGAGGAACAGAUUCGGGAAAGAGAUAUCCUCUUCAUGCGACAUCAAGCCGGACAAAUCUCUGUCCCUCUUCGCGAAAGAAAUCCUCUCCCUCCUAUUCAUGAUGACACCCCAAGAACUCAGCUGCAACCUAAUGAAGAAAGGAAUGAGUCUCACAGAGAAAGAAAUGACUCUCGAUCAACAGAGAACAGAAGACUUGAGGAUAAAAGAAACUCUAGUGUCUGGAAUAGGAUUGAGCAAAACCCAGGAUAUCAAUCUGAAGCCAGACGAUACGAAAGACGUGAAGAUGAUAUCACUCCUGGACACGCUGAGCCUCCUCACACCUCUGACCUCUCUUAUCGGAAGAGACGUUACGAAGAUUCGUUUGCUGCGAGCAAAGGGAGAUUGGAAAAAAAUAAGGCAAAGGAGAAAUACCCUCCAAGAGAUUACAGUUCUGGUAAACCACCUCGAGCAAAGUUCUCCUCCAAUGCCAAAACAUUCCUCAGAUUCUCAACGAACUCUAUCUGA